AUGAAGCGUUUCCUGUUUGGACCCUUUGUCUUCCUCCUCCUGAGCAGCACGGCAUCAGGUCUGGGAUCAGUGGUCUCCAGAUUUUACGUGUACAAUAAAAGUUACUACACAUGGCAAGAAGCCCAAACCUACUGCAGGAGCUUCCACACAGACUUGGCCAUCCUCUUGGAGUUGUCUGAUGGAGACAAAAUGGUCAUGGAGCAGUAUGAUGCGUGGACCGGUCUGCACAGGGGUGGAGAAGGCACACAGGCAGAUGACUGGAAGUGGUCUACUGGAAGCAAGCUUUUGUAUUCUGAGUGGGCAUUAGACGAGCCGAACAGCACUGACAGAUGUGCUUAUGUUCACUAUGAUUCCAGAAAAUUUUACCAUACAGAUUGUCAAGAAUAUUACUACUUCUUCUGCUACAAUUUAUGGAAGAACAAGUGGUCUCAAGUAUUUAUUUCUCAAUCAAAGACCUGGUCAGAUGCUCUGGAGUUCUGCAGAAGGCACUAUAUAGAUUUUAUCUUCUAUCCAACGGCCGCCAGCUUGAGAAAUGUGAAUGGUAGGAACUUUCCCGUCUGGAUAGGACUGCACAGAGACGGAGACACGUGGAAGUGGAGCUCAGGCUCGUCAGACUUCAGGAGGUGGAGCGGUCCCACGGCGGCUGACAUUGGCGACUGUGCCUUCAUCUAUUCUAGCAACAAAGACAUGGCUACUCAAAACUGCUACGAACGACUCCCUUUCAUCUGUGUCGACGACAACGUGCUCCUUGUCAAAGAGAGCAAGACCUGGGAGGAGGCGCUGGAGCACUGCAGAAGACUCGCUUCGUCAAACAGCAGCCAGCCUCAGUACGACCUGCUCAGCGUGCAGCCUGGAGAAGACCACCACUACAUCAUGGGCAAGGCCAUGAAGGCCGACACAGAGGAGCUGUGGGUGGGUCUGCGUUUCCUUGCAGGACAUUGGCUGUGGGUGACAGGGGCAGACAUGCUGUAUACUGACCUGCCUGAAUGCCCUCUGGAGGGGAGUCACUGUGGAGCCUUAACCAAGACCAACAUGACCAUCAUGGAGACCAGAGACUGCACUGAGAAGAAAAACUUUCUUUGUUACAAAACUGAAAAUGUUUAAAGUCAUCCAGUACAGGACAACGACACAUGGAUUUUCUUGUUUAUAAUAUUCUUUACUAGGUCGCUAUGACAUCUUGAUCAGGGAAAUAUUCUGUUUUGAUGAUUUGAUGAUUUCACUCUGUAGAAAUCCUGUUUGUGCUUCCUAUUUUAUUUCUUUCU